AUGGCCACUGCACAAAGACUUCUCAUCACUAUGUCCUGCGAAGCCAGCAUUCACUGGACGUUGCCUGCUUUCGUUCUCCUGGGUUUUCUAGCUGGGCUUGCUUCAACACAUCCAGUUGUAAGCAGAACUAAUGGCACAUUGCUGGAAAGAGGAUGGCAAUCUCUGUUGUCCAGGUCCAUUGCUGGGAUGUCAGGGGAGAAGUCAGAUGUGAACUGGGAAAGUGACUAUUUGCUAGGAAUCAAGAGGCAGCGGAGGCUUUACUGCAACGUGGGCAUCGGGUUUCACCUUCAAAUCCUCCCAGACGGAAGGAUAAGCGGAGUUCACAAUGAAAACCAAUACAGUCUCUUUGAAAUAUCCACUGUAGAGAGAGGUGUCGUUAGCCUGUUCGGUGUGAAAAGUGCCCUCUUCAUUGCAAUGAAUAACAAGAGGAAGUUGUAUGGAACGGCUGUUUUCCAAGAUGAGUGCAAAUUCAAAGAAACCUUGCUGCCCAAUAACUACAAUGCCUAUGAAUCAAAUGCUUACUGUGGUGCUUACAUAGCACUCAGCAAACAUGGGAGAGUGAAGAGAGGAAACAAGGUUUCUCCUGCUAUGACAGUGACCCACUUCUUACCAAGAAUAUGA